GAGAAGGGCAAAAAAGCUGAGGAUCACUGCUGAAAUCUGUCAAGCUUUCUGGUGUUUAUACGGAGUGUACAUGUACAAUAGUUUUGGAGAGAGGCAUGAAGGCUGCUACAGUACAGCUGGACUUCAUGGACAAUGCCAAUGAAAUUCUACACCCCAAGAAAUACUUCUCACAUCUGUAUCAAGGAAGUAUACCAGAAGUAUACAGUACGCUGCCUCCAACCAGACCUCAUGAACUAGUGACCAGAACUGAAGGUCUGUGUAAAACAAAGUCAUCGCUAGGGUUCCGAUAUGGCCUAAGUGUCGGUCAACUUAUAGAAAGGAUCAAUAAAAAAGUUGAAGUCAACGAAUUGUGUAUUAGUAUAAGAGAAAAUGGAAUAAGACCUACAAGUCCACCGCCUAUAGAAAGCUUAAGCACAUCUGUAACAGACAUAAAAUCAUUACUAUCCAUAGAGAAUGAAGAUGUGUAUAAGUUUGAGUGCCAGGUUAAGGAAGCAGAUAGUACCAUUGCAUUGAGUGAGACAUCACUGAAAAAAGAGAGACGGUGGGCGUUAGGGACGCAGAAUCCAUGUCAGGUCUGUGGGGAUAAGGCAGCAGGAUUUUAUUGUGGAGCAUUCGUCUGUGAGGCUUGCAAGAAAUUUUUCAUGAGAGCUUCAAGGCAGCAGAAAAUGAAAUACACCUGCCUCAAGGACAAAAACUGUAAAAUUACAAAAGAGUCGCGAGUCCAAUGUCAGUACUGCAGGUUCCAGAAAUGUCUCUCUUUUAACAUGAGUAUUCCAGGUCAGAAAGAGAGUAUAGACAGGAAAGAAAAUGGUAUCAGUAACAUUCCAUGUCAGGUGUGCAGCGCUUCAUCCUCAGGGUUCCAUUUUGGUGCAAUAACAUGUGAAGGAUGUAAGGGAUUUUUCAGACGUAUAGCUAAAGAAAAUGGAAGGAAACAGUUCCACUGCUCAAAAUCUAGGAAUUGUGAAGUCACCUCAGGAACAAGAAAUACAUGCAGGGCCUGUCGCUACCAAAAGUGUCUUGAUAUUGGAAUGUCUGUAGAAGCAAGCAGAAUAGGAAGACAGCCAAAUUCAGUGAAGCAUGCCAUCAACCUUGAACUUCAAAAAGGAAAGAGUUCAGAUUCUGCUGGUGUAAGCGAUAGGAAGGUCAUAGAUUUCAAGAGUUUAAAUAACCCGGAUAUGGACUUCUUCACCUCACCUCCUUCUGUCGACGCUGAUGUAGAAAUCUCAGGAAAUGAUCCAGAACAGACUUUUACCUAUAAAUCAGUGGAGAUAACUGAAUCAACAGAAAGUAAUAUAGGGCAGAGUAUAAGAGUUAAAGAUGAACCGGAAGAUUCUGAUGUAAGAUGGAGCAAAAGUUCUUGUGUACAAGUAAAAUCAGAUGGUUAUGACAGUAGCUGGUUCCUGAGUUGUGAGGUUAAUACAUCUUCAAAGAUAGAGCAGUUUGACAGAAUGAAACAAAAUAUUGAAGACAUCGACACAGCAUUACAAAAAGUUGGAUCUAGAGAUGGAUAUGAUGAAAUUUUUCAACAAGGCUUUGAUUGCAAGACUGCAGUUUGGAAAAUAAUAAAUGAUUUAUUCACCUAUAAUGCCUCACAAAUUGUAGUUGCAUUAAAAAUGUUCCCAGCCUUUAGAAUCCUGGAUUUGGAUGACAGAAUAGCUUUGGUCCAAGAUUGUUUAUACUCGGUGGGAAUAUUAAAUCUGUCACGUAGAUUUAAUAUGGAGACUAAGGAUUACUGUUUCUUUGGCUGCACAAAGUAUGAAGAGAAGAUAAUCCUUGAUUGCUUCCCAGAAUUCAAAGCUGUUUCAGAAGAUCUGUUAUACGUGGGGAAUUUAUUGAAGACAGUAGCAUUUGAUGAAGUGGAAAUAACAUGCUUGACCGGGUUACUGACCUUCAAUGCAGAUGCACUGAGUCUAAAGAAAAGAGAAAGUGUUGAAGAGGCACAGAAGAAUUUAAUGUCCUUCCUAGAAGAAUAUGAGGAAAAAAAAUUUAAUAAUUGGGAGCUGCGAUUUGGCAUGUUGGUUUUGCGCAUUGGCGAACUCAUUGGUUUAAAUCAACGGCAUAUUACCACCAUGUCAAAAAUAUUCCAAUCCAAUCCAGACUUAGAAAUUUCUCAACUGAUGAAGGAACUUUACAAGUAUUUCAAAUAAAAGAUUUCCGUUUUUAAACAAAAUUACACUUGCUAUGUUAACUACUGAUUAAUAUUUAUUUAGAGAUAAGAUUUUUAGUUUUCAAUUUGUGCUGAUUAUGAUUUCUUUGUUGUACCUUACCUCAGUUUAUUUAAUUCUUUAUUACCUGUACAGCUAUAUGCUUACCAUUACAUUCAUUUC